UAAUUUAAGAGAAAACUCCUCCAUAUUUUCUUAUUGUCCCUGCCAUUUCUUUUUUGUCACUGGUGUACCCAUUCAGCAAUAGAGUAAAUUGUAUAAAUUGACACAGACCUGCAAUCAUGAGUGGCAAAAUGUCAACAGGACCUCUUGAACGACCACUCAGGCCAAGUAUGGAAAAGAUUGAUGUUGAAAACACUGAGGAUAAGAAGCCAAGGCUAGGGUCAUUCAAGAAAAAGGCACUUAAUGCCUCCAACAAAUUUAGACAAUCUUUAAAAAAAACUGGCCGUAGAAGUAGUAGCAGGGUCAUGUCUGUUGUGUUUGAAGAUGAGCAUGACGCCGAGGAAGCAAAGUUAGUAGAUGCCUUUCGUCAAGCACUUAUAUUGGAUGAAUUACUUCCUGCACAACAUGAUGAUUAUCAUAUGAUGCUAAGGUUUUUGAAGGCCAGGAAAUUUGAAUUAGAUAAAUCAAAGCAAAUGUGGUCUGAUAUGAUUAAUUGGAGGAAGGAAUUUGGUGCAGACACUAUUAUGCAGGACUUUGAGUUCAAGGAAAAGGAGGAAGUCGUCAAAUACUAUCCUCAAGGGCAUCAUGGAGUUGACAAAGACGGAAGACCAGUUUAUAUCGAAAGAAUUGGUCAAGUAGAUUCUACCAAGCUCCUACAAGUCACGACAAUGGACCGAUAUCUUAAGUACCAUGUGCAGGAGUUUGAGAGGACGUUCAAUGAAAAAUUGCCAGCUUGCUCCAUUGCAGCAAAAAAACAUAUUGAUACAAGCACAACAAUUUUGGAUGUGCAAGGAGUGGGACUUAAAAAUUUCAACAAAUCAGCAAGAGAACUUCUUCAAUGCCUCCAAGGUAUUGAUGGUAACAAUUAUCCGGAGAGCUUGUGUCGUAUGUAUAUCAUCAAUGCUGGUUCUGGAUUCAGGCUAUUAUGGAACUCUGUUAAGUCAUUCCUUGACCCCAAGACCACCGCAAAGAUCAACGUUCUUGGUAACAAAUACCAGAGCAAGUUGCUUGAAAUAAUUGAUGCCAGCGAACUUCCAGAGUUCUUAGGCGGUACUUGCACUUGUGAGGAUAAAGGAGGAUGUAUGCUUUCUGAUAAAGGGCCAUGGAAUGAUCCAGAAAUAAUGAAGAUGGUUCACAGUGGUAUGCAUAAAUGCACAAAGAGAACUUCCAUUCCAGUUGAUGAGAAAACUAUUUCAGAGGAUGGGAAUGCCAAGCCAAAGGACGCAAAGAAGAGCAAUUCUAUUAAUCUGAGAACUGCAUCUUCCAAGAUCCAGCGGGAUCAUGUAUCACCUACACAACUCUCCACUGUACACGAGGAAGAUGAUAUAAUUAAGAAGCAACCUAGCGCAUACACCCCUGUUGUUGACAAAGUAAUUGAACCAACUAUUCCUAAAGCUACAAAAGCGGACAACUACGCCAUUGCUAAAGCUUCAGAUUUCUUACCCAUGCAUGAUAUUUCUAAAUCCCCCGAUGGAUUUAGCAACCACCUUUUCACAGGAGUGAUGACAUUUGUGAUGGGUGUGGUGACAAUGGUGCGAAUGACACGCAACAUGCCAAGAAAGCUUACAGAUUCGACUCUCUUGUCAGGUUCAUUAAAAGGAGUUGAUAUGCAAGUUAAACCAGUACAUGGUCAAGAAUAUCGGUUGAGUGGACCUGCCAUCUCAAAUAAUGAGUACUUCAGCAUGAUGAAACGUAUGGGAGAGCUAGAGGAGAAGGUUAUUAGUCUUAGCAACACGCCUAGUUCCUUACCACCCGAAAAAGAGGAAAUGCUUAACAAUGUCAUGAGUCAUGUUGAUAAAUUGGAGCAAGAACUUUGUGCAACAAAAAUGGCACUUGAGACAGCCCUUUCCCGUCAAGAGGAGCUCUUAGCUUACAUUGAGAAGAAGAAGAAAAAGAAGAACUUCUUUGGUUUUUAAGGCAACAUACACAAGAAAUAAUGUUGUUUGAAUGGCCGAUGACUCAAAGCUUAUUUAAAUUCCGUAUUUGCAAAUUUGCAAUGCAAGUUAAUAUAAGCUACUGUAUAUGAUCUGGCUAUUACCUCUUUUUAGAUUUUCAUUCAGCAACAAUUACUUGUUAAUUUGUGGCUUGCAUUUUUGCUUCUAAUUAGUUUUCUGUGUAUAUAUAUGAUGGAUAAGAGCAGUUUGCAUUAGUUAUGUUCUAAUUCA